UUUGUAGACAUACGAAAUAGUGCCCAAAUGUCCAUAACUAUCGAUUUAUAUCCGUAUUUUGACAAGUUUUAACGAAAAUGUUUUUUGAAUUUAGUUUUGAGUUUGUUUUAACAUACAUGUAAUGAUUUCGUUGGACAUGUUAACGUUAACCAACAUUUGUUUAGGUCGCGGAAGGAUGUUCGUGCCACAGCUACUGUGAAAGACCCCACUGAAGUCGCUUGGAUUCCUUUCUGUUGUAGCUAGGUAAGUUAGAUCAUGGCCAGUUCAGAGCUGAAAAUGGACAACGUUGAGGGAGCUGAAACCUUGAAUGAACUGGAGGCCUCGUGUCCUCCUCUGAGCAACAUCACAACACCUUUGGAAUUAUCCCAGCUCACACCCUCCCAACUGGAUUUCUCCCCUCAGAGCUUCACGCCGUCUUCUAACGCCAAAGAAAAAUCUCGCCUGGCUCAGCUGAAGGUUAAGCGGAGGUCUAAUGUUGGGGUACGGGGCUCACCAGAGACCAACUCCCUUAUCCGCUACAUAGCCCAACAGAGGAUGAAAACUCCCCCCACAGCCACACAGCCUACCCAAGCCAGAUCCUUCUCUCCCAGAUUCCCCUCUACUCUAAAGCAGAAGAUGGCUAUUUUCCAGAGCAUAAUGGCUGUGGAGGAGAAUGAGAAUGAACCGGUGCCACAACAGGACAAUCACACCGGGGGAUGCAUCAAGACAAGAGAUUUUCUGUCUGGUGAUGGGUGGAGCUGUGAUGAUAGCAGUGGUGGGAAGGAGAACAAGACCCCAGUGAGCCAGCCUCCCUUUCUAACUCCACCACCCAGUAAGAGGCGCUGCACAGCAGUCUCCCAGGGGAUCUGUGUGGAGGAAAUUGGCGAGGCCAACACUCCUGUCCUCAAACGCACCGGCACCAUACUGAAGCAGCAACAAAACAAUGAGGAAUGCUCCUUUGAAGUCCACAGCUCCAACCAACCUCUGGUUGUGCAUUCAGGACCAGACAGGACAACUCUGUCCCCUCUGUUUGCCAUUCCAUCUCUUCUGGAGAUGAACCCCACAGAUGAAGCUGAUUCCUCUGGUAACGUUACCUCAACUGUGAAGAAGCAGGUGCGUUUCGGGAUCCUGCUGCCCCCCGAGCUCUUUGACAAGAAGCUGCCCCCCAGCACCCCUCUACGGAAGGGGGGCACCCCGGGCAGGGUCCCAACAUCUGCCGGGGUGUCCCAGCUGAGGUCCCUGCUGAAGACCCCCCAGAGGACCCCUUUAAACCUGGCCCAGCCAGACUUCAGCAGCCCCUCUCUGACUGGAGCAUCCCCACCCCUCACUAGUGGGCCCUGCUGUGGGGAACAGAGCGCUGACACUCAGGGAAAGAUCACUUUCCCUUCAAUGGAAGAUGACGUUGACAGUUCCUUGGACAAUGCAGAGCUGGAGGCUCAACCUCUGGAUUUGAACUCCGCUUUCCAAAAGGAGGACUCCAUUUGUGAGGCACUGCCAGAUGCUGCCCCAGUGCCUGACCCCGCCCCAGUGCCUGACCCCGCCCCAGUGCCUGAUCCUGCCCUGGACCGUGAACCAGAAUCAGACGCCCCUGCCACAGCCCGCUCUCGCAGCAGAAAGAGAAAGCAACCAGAGGAGGAAAUUAAGCCUGUGAAGAAGAGGUCGACGCGUACGGCUGCCAAGUCUGCCUGUGGGAGGAUGAAGAACUUAGCAAAGCGUGGCUUUGGGAAGAAGGAGGUAAAUCACUCUCUGUAUGGGAAGAGAGCCUAUGCAUCCAAGAACCCCAACCUCAGCCCAAUCAGAGAGAACCUGUCCUCCCUCAGCUGCUCCCCCACCCCUCAACACCCCCACACCUCCAGACACACAGCCAAAGAAGACUCCAGCCUAUUGGAAGAUGUCAUUAACAGCGACCCAAUCACUGGAGUGGUCAUGGCUGCAGCCCUGUGGCAAAGCCGCCUGUGCCCCGCGGCCGGUGGGGUCUCACCAGAAGACACCAUCCCAGCUGCAGAGCCAUCUGUUGGGCCUUCAGAAGCCCCUGUAGGCUUUACCACAGGCUACUCUGGGACUGGGAGGGCAGCACGGGCCGGGAGACGGUGGUCAGGUCCAACAAAUACCUUCAGAACCAAAGAGCAGAAAGAACCGAGUGUUAUUAGAGGAGGUAGAGGGAAAGGCAGGAAGGUGAGUGUUCCUGUUGAUGACUGUCUCAGUGAAGAGCAGGUAGAGAACACUGAUCAAGACCCAACAGAAACAAGCCAGGCAGAGGUUUCAGUGUCCAGUCCAGCCAAGCACACUGUACCUGGUGACCGAGAGGGUGAACCUAAUGCUCAGUGUACCUCAGACCCUGUAGAUACAGAUCAAUGCACUUGCACACUACCAGAUGCAGGUAGGAGUGGGGAAAGUCCAGUUAGGGCAGACACUACAUGCUGCCCUCCUACACAUGAGGUUAGCGCCACAGUGGCUUCAUUAGAGCAGGAGGCAGUGAGCCAUGUAGAACAGAGACCAAACAAAGGCAAGCAGAGCGGAGAAGCCUGGGGCCCAGGCCGCUCCAGGGGUAGAAGGAGCUCUAUAUACGCCAGCUCAGUCGUAGAGAAGAGGGAGGAGGCUCAGGCACCUCAGUCAAACGGUCCAGAGGCAGUGGAGGAGAGCGGGCAAGAUGUGGAGAAUGACAUCCACAGGUCAGAGAUGGAGCAGGGUAGCAUUACAGAACAGGCCUCCUUCCGAGACUCCCUCCUUCCCCCCUGGGCACAGGAAGAGUUCAGUAUCGACGAUGUGCUGCGGCCUCUUCCCAGCAGGGGGCGUCGGUCUGUCCGCCGCAGCCUGAGGAACCAGAGCCAGAGCAGCACCCUUGAGGCCAGAGGCUCCGGCCUGGCCUGGCUGCCCCAAACCUCCCCAGACUCCAUCAGGGCUAUCCGCAGGGAGACCAGGAGCCGCCGCAGCUCAAUCCAGGCUCUACUGCCCCGCCCCUGGAGUAAGUGGACCGUUGAGCUGCUCACGCUGCCCCUAGCCUGUCGGUGUCUGAAAUGGCACCCUAUUCACUAUGUAGUACAUAUUAUAUUGAAUAGGGUAGCAUUUGAUACACACCUGCCUUUUUGAUACUUUUAGAGAAGCUAAAUGGGUGUGGUUCUGAGCUAAUUGUUUGUUGGGAGUUUUAUAAACCUUUUUGUUUUUUAGUCGUUAACAAGUUGUGUAAAUAGAAUAAGGUCUUCCGUUAAUGUGAUUGCGCUGUCUGGCAGUUAUUUAGUCAUUUUUAAAAUGUUUACCUCCUGUAUCCAUUAAAUAAAAUGGGUAUCUUCCAAACCAUU